AUGACCGAACCCAACUCCCACAAACCACCCGUGCCAUCCCCAUCACCACCCCCACGAGCCCCAAUCCCGCAAACCCCCGGCCCCCGCGCCUCACGCUUAAACCAAGUCUUCGACCAAGCUUUAGCGCGCACACUCCGGGCAAACUCAUACGCGAACUUCGCAAGCUGCUUCCCAACACCGGCACGCCACGUCCCGGCCAGCUUGGAGGGCGUCUGGAGACAGCUGAACGCGAAACUGGAGGCGAAUGCGAAGGCGGAGUUUGAGGAUAUUAUUGCGGAGAGAGAUGCGGUUGCGCAUUUGAAUGAGCUUGAUCGGCUUGUUGCUGAUGCGAGGGCUAGGAGGGAGCAAGCUGGGGAGGGGGAGGAAAAAGAAAGGAUAGCUCCGCACACACUUGGCGCAGAAGACCUGUAUAAGGCUCAUCUCACGCCGUACUUGCAAGAAGCGCAGUCGACACUCAAUGCUAGACUGGAGGCUACGCAUGCGGAGAACGCGGAGCUCGCUCAGACUGUGCAGAAGCAGAGAUUGGAGAUUGAGCGGUUGUUGUCGAAUCUUGGGGUGGUGGUUUCGGAUAUUGAGGGUGCUGCUACGGCGGCUUCGCAAUUCAGUAAGGAGAAUCAUCUUCGCCAGGAUGCGAUCCAGAUGGAUGAGGAGGUGAGGGCUCAAUCUGGUCUGUGA